GCGCGUGCGCCGAGGUUGGAGAUGAAGCCCGGAAUGCAAGACUUGGACGGACCUAGAAGAACUACUUCCUUGGAAACCAUCAGUAACGGCCAUGACUCUGGUGGUGACGUUCAAAAGUUCAGCGCUCCAUCGUCUUCUGCUCAUCUCUCAACAACAAGCCCUCGCCCAAGUGAAGCAGACGGUAUCGUGAUCCGCGCAUACAAGGCCAUCAUAAACGUCACAAACCUCCGCUGGAGUAUGACAGGCCUUCAACGCCAGGCACCACUGCUCGCCCUAUCAGAGGAGAACCAUCUCGACAGCCCCGGAGCGAGGCUCUCCGCCUUGCGCUCCAAGCUCCGCAACGAGCAGCACAUGGCCAUUGCGCUAGACAGAAUCGCCGCCGUGCUGCUGGUCGACAUGCGGAACGACCUGGGGGAGUCAUACGACGGACUGCGAGAAAGGGGCUUUCGGACGGCGAUUGUGGGCAACAAGAUGCUUGCCGGAGAAUGGGGGAAGUCGCACAAGGAGGUAGUUGAGGAGAUUCGAGCGGCUAUUGCGUACAGCUUUGCAGAGGACAUUAUUUCCCCUGGGAUUAAUCUCCUCUUGGGUUCACGAUCACAGGACGUCUGGGAGAAACGCUUCUCUCGUAAGAAGGUCGAAGCAUUGCAUCAACUCUUGAAGCAAACCGAGGAGGGUCGCAUGGUUUUGAUCCGCGCAAGUCAUCUAGACGACGCCGUGGUCACUAUUAAACGUAUUCUGAGCAUCCACAUUGGCUAUCGUUGGCGUUGCGAGAAGUAUGCGUCGAUGAACACAGCAGAGAGUCGCGAGAUGCUGUUUGAACAGCUGCAGAGCCAGCUGCAUGCGCAUGACACAGACAUUCGACGGCUGGAGAAUACCUUGUAUUUUACGAUGGACGCCUCAACUGCCCGGAGCGCACAAAAUGUAUUUGCAAAGUUUACGACAAAGAAUUCAGAGGAUGGCCAUGCCCCUAUUUCGACACAGAAGCGAAGGCCGUCCCUCUCAGUUGACGAUCAAUCACACAGAAAGCGUCAGUCAACAACUAAUACAGUUGAGAGAUUGCUGAACACAGAGUCAACAUCUAAUGCAGAGCACAUCAUUGAUGGACUGCCAAUAUUGGCGAGCUCCAUCACAAGCCAAGAACCACACGAGCUCAGGGGGACACCCUUGGCGAAUGGGGCUGGAGAUGCUCUACAUGUUGCCCCAGAAGACCAUACAAUGCUGGUGGACUCAGAGGGUGGCAUCCAGUCAAUCUCGGGACAUGCAGAAGUGCAAAGAGAAGCUGUUCCUCAGCGAGAGGACGUCGGAGAUUCCCUGAACUACCAAUAUGCCGAGCACUGGGGGUCCGCCGAGGAUGUCACCACCUUGGACGAUAUACUCAGUCUCAGCUGGUAA